AACUCUUUGUUAUAACUUAUGUGCCUAGCCUGAAAUUUUGGUUGGUGUCAACUUCUCCUCAUCACUUUUGAAAAUUGAUUAGUCUAAAGCAAUGUGGCCUUGGUUAAAGGAAGAGCUAUGUGUCAAAAGGUUUUCUCUACGACUUGAGGAUCCACAGAUUUUGACUACGUCACCUGUUCUCCCUACUUUUGGUUUGUUGAUUCUACGGUUAGUCAUCACAGUAAUCUGCAUUGCCACAUUAAUUUGGAGUGGAGUUGAUGCUGGGAAUGACAAAUGGUUUAUUUACCUGACAAAUUGGUCUUUUACCUUAUUGACUAUGGCAUUUAUAUCUCUAACUUUACUCUCAAUUUAUGGCACAUACAUGACUAAUAAAAAUAAACAGAAUUUGGUACAAUAUGGAACAUUUGAGACAUCAGUUGAGGCAGCUCGUAGGCAAGAAGAAAAUUUCCAACCUUCCCUUAAUAACAGGGGAAAUGCUGUACAGAUAUGUAAAUGGUAUCAUAAACUUGCUUGGCUUAUUUGCAACAUUGCAUUCUGUGUUGCUUUCAUUGUUAGUUCGGCAUAUUGGCUAUUUCAAGCAUCCAAUGUUGAUUUUAUUGAUGUGAUUACACAUGGUUUUAAUUCUGUCUUUGUUAUCAUUGAGCUCUUACUUGGUGGGGUGCCAAUACGAUUGAUCCAUUGUAUUUUCUGUAAUGUUUAUUGUGCUGUGUAUGUACUAUUCAGUGUCAUUUACUGGCAAGCAGAUGGAUUAAAUGCCAGGGGAAAACCUUACAUUUAUAAAAUUUUGGAUUAUGAAAACCAAAAUGCAGGAGUAACCACUGUUCUUAUUUUAUCUUUGGCAGUGAUAGCCCCUCCAUUGUCACAAUUAUUUAUGCUUGGCAUGUACAAGUUGCGUUGUCAUUGGUAUCGUAGACGCACUAAUCCGAGCUCAGAACAUGUUAUUUCUUUGUAAUUGUAUCUUAAAUUUAUUUUUUGGAUUUAAUAUGCUUGAUACUGCUAUUUUCUGUGUAUCACUUGCAAAAUAAGGAAAAAUAACCAUGAUGAUUUUUGCUUAACUUAUACUAAAUGCGUAAGUAUCCAUUUUAACCGUUAAAAUAAAUAUUGCUUAAUGUAAGAGAUUUUAAGGUGAUUAAAAAAUAUACCAUAUUA